AUCGACCUUCACUUCAUCCAGCCCUGCUCCUGUUGCCGAACUGCGGGAUUUGUCCUUAAUUUCUAUUUUAUAAAACGUCACACAUCUGUAAAACUCGAUUUAACGCUAUAAUAUAUAAUCCGAUCGCCGUGAUGAAGUUCGUCGUGGUUAUAGUUUCCGCUGGCCUUUUGGCUUUCCUCGGUGCGGUCAUCUGCAUCAUCGCCAGCGUGUACCGGCGCUCAUCAGCCGCCGCGCCCCAAGGGCUCUCCGACAACCGCUCGCUGUCGCUCCUGGAGCCGCUGCCGGGAUCGGUAGCGCACGCUGGGCCGCUCGGCGCUCUCCAUGGUGCUGAAUCUUACGAAGGAGGAGGUUUGGACAUCGGCCUCGAGAUUCCGUCGAUCAAUGAGCUGAGCACCGGGGACGUGACCAGGCCGAGUCCGAAACAAUUCACCCUCAAUCGACUCAUCUGCACCCCCGUCCCACUGAGUGACUGCAAAUCAAGAGGUUUGAGGGAACAAUCCGACGAUCCGUUCGCCGAGGAGGAGGACUGGAGCCUCCGCACCACCGCCGAGGAGCUCCGGCAGAUCGUCAUGCAACAAAACGAUCAGAUCCUCAUGGACCAGAGAACCAUCACCGAGCUCACCGGAAAGCUAUCGGAGUGUGAGAACGGGCUGGAGGAGCGGACCCUGAACGAGCGCAGUAUGGGAGUGUGGGCGGGCGGCCGUCGCCACAUGGCCGGGGAUGAUGUGAGCGGCUCGGUUGCAGUGCAGCUGCAGACCGCGCGGGCUGUGGAGGAGCUGGAGAGGGCGAUACUUCAGCUCAAAGACCGCAUAGAGAAGUUGGAGAUGGAAAUAGGCCCUGCAGCCAUAAACCACACUGAACAUACUGUGAGCACACUGGGGAGCAUAGUGGUGGGCGAGCCUGGCAGGCCUGUGGAGGAUCUGGAGGGAGAGCUGGAAAAGAAGAUUCGGCUGCUGGAGAAGGAGAGGAAGAACCUCCGCAAAGAGACCCAGAGCCACCACCAGCAUAUUGACCAGGGAAUCAACACCCUGCAGGAGCGUAUUGCAGAGCUGGAACAAAGUCUUACAGAUUACAGUUAUCCACAAGGGUAUAAACUUUCCUUCCCCGUGAGGACAAACUACAUGUACGGGCUUGUCAGGCGGAAUAUUCCAGAAAUGUAUGCCUUCACAGCGUGUCUGUGGCUUAAGCCUGCCGAGAGUGGAAUUGGUACACCAUUCUCUUAUGCUGUACCAGAACAACCCAAUCAACUCGUGCUGUUGCAGGGCAUUCAUAAUCCUGCAGAACUACUCAUCAAUGAUAAGGUGGCACAGUUGCCUCUAUCUUUGCCAAAAGGCAUCUGGCAGCACAUAUGUGUGAGCUGGACUCUACGGGAUGGAGUUUGGAAAGCAUAUCAAGGUGGAAAGAUGAGAGGACGGGGUGACGGUUUGUCUGCAUGGCACCUGAUCAAAUCUGGGGGCGUCUUGGUGUUGGGACAGGAACAGGAUACCCUUGGUGGGCGGUUUGACGCAUCCCAGGCUCUUGUUGGGGAACUUUCAUUGUUUAACCUGUGGGACCGAGUGUUGUCACCAACUGAGGUGGCCGCUCUGGCAUCUUGCGCAGAAUCACCACGCCUGGGGAAUGUGGUGCCCUGGACUGACAGAGAUGUGGACGUGUUUGGCGGGGCCGUGAAGGAUCCUGUGGACCCCUGCAUUAAGAGCUCCCAUCCCCGGCAGUGAGUGGGGCCAAAAAAAUGGAUACCUUUCUUUUUAAGGAGCUAGUAAAAGAGGCCAAAAACAGCUCGAAAGAUGUGACAACUGUGGCGUGGUCCAUGUCUAUGUAUAGAAUGUAUUUACCAUAGAGCUACACUCUCACCGAGUGUUCACUUCUGCAGGGAAGGGAUUUGUCUGUGCGCGUGAUUGUGUUAGUUCAGAUAAAGCUGCAGCCGAAGGCUUUUAAAGGCCUGUUUGCGUCUCGUGUUCCUUGUGUUAUUUCAUACCCUAUUUCCCACAGCAUUACCGCACAGUGGUCCCUUCAGAUGUAGAGAAUGUUUUUUUAAUAAGAUGGAUGCGGCUCAUUUUCACAGCAACUGUCUUGGUCUUGUUUCAUUAUUUGUGUAAAGUAGAGCUUUCACUUCUGUCCCCAAGCCUUUUCCUUUCUUGUUUUUUUAUUACUGGUUCCUUAGGGUUGCUUCCUUUGUAGUACACUGUUAUUUCAGUCUGGCAGCACUUAAAGGUGUACAACAUCUUAUCUUUAUCAUAACAUGUCUUAAAGGUUUGUCUUUUGGCAUCUGGUCAAACCGACUUUGCACUGUGUUUUUUUCCCUCACAGAUUCAGAAAUCCAAAAAUGUGUCAUUUGAAGCUUAGUAUAUUAAACACCACAGAUCUGACGUGCAGCUCACACACUAUGAACAUAUGAAUGUAAAACUGUGUUUAGCAUCUUGUCGUGUUACCAUUGCAUUGCACCUCGUCCGACCCUUUCACAGUGAAAAGCUUAAAGGGAAGUGCCUGUGUUUAUUUGACUUUCGCUAUCGAUUGAUCAGCUGUGAUGUCAGUGUAGUGCUUCUUUAUAUUUGCACCACCAAGGAUCUGCAAUGAUAUUGUGACAAAUGUGGAUGAAAAUAUUAAAAAAUUAAGAGUG